CGCGCCCGAACCCCGGCCGCCAUUCGGCACAGCUUAACCUAACAAUUCUCAGAAUUUUGACUGAGAGCUCCGUCCAUUGUCGCGGGAAGAGCCGUCUCGCCGUUUUGUUUUUACUACUUCUCUCGCUAAGCGCAAUAAUGGCUUCCCUCACGCGGAGCAUCGUCAUCGGCCCACUCUCCCGGUCUUCCUCCAAACCCACGAGCUCCUCGAUAUGCGCGCAAUGUCGGCGCACCUUCGUUAGCAGUCCCGCCCUGCAGUCUGGUCAUAACAAGUGGUCCAAGAUCAAGCAUGACAAGGCCGCCGCCGACGCCAAGAAAAAUGCAGCCAGGACCGUCUUCACCAAGAACAUCACCUUGUACUCGAAGCGUGCGUUUCACCGAUCAUCCCGAUGCCCAUCCGCCGGCUGAAGCCCGAGCUUACGCAGUUACGCGAGUUAGUCUAUGGACCCAAUCUCAACGAUAACCCGCAGCUUGCCACUAUUGUCGCGGCGGCCAAGAAGGCCGGUACCCCCAAGGCCUUGAUCGAGGGAGCCAUCGCCCGAGGCCAGGGCAAGUCGUCGGAAGGCGCUACCCUAGAGCCCGUGAUAUACGAGGCGAUUGUACCACCCAACAUUGCUCUGGUGGUGGACGCUGCGACAGAAAACACGAAGCGCGUUAUAGAAGACUUGAACCAGAUGGUGAAGAAGGCGAACGGUGCCAAGAGCCCGUCCAAGUUCCUCUUCGAGCGAAGGGGCCGCGUGAUCUUUGAGAAGGGCGAGAGCGGCCUGGACGUAGAUGACAUUAUGGAGGAUGCGAUUGAGGCUGGCGCCGAGGACCUCGAGAACGACGAAGAGGGCAACAUUAUUGUCUGGUCGGACCCCUCGUCAACUCAGCAGAUCUGCAAGGCUGUUGGAUCCAAGUUUAACCUCAAGAUCGCCGAGUCCGACAUUGUGUGGCAUGCCAUUGAGGAUACCAAAGCUCCGCUGGACUCGUCCGAGGAGUUGGUCAAGUUUAUGGACCUCCUCACAAGCAUCAAAGACUACCCUGAUGUCCAGGCGAUCUGGUCCAACGUAUCCAGGGGAAACAUGAGUGAUGACGAGUGGGCUAGGGUGACUGAACUCAUUGACGAGUAGCCCUGGCCUGAAAAGCAAAAAAAGAAGGGACAUAACAAAUGAUUGUAAACAUUGAUAAAUACCCUUUCCCAAAGAUGAUGUCCGGGCCCGAUGCAAAGCAGAGGGGUCCCUCCCUCG